AUGGCGUCCAACUCGUCGCCCGCCGGCCGCAAGACGGGCGCGCCCGAGAAGAAGUACAAGUGCCAGUUCUGCAACCGCGCCUUCAGCCGGAGCGAGCAUCGCAGCCGUCACGAGCGAUCCCACACCAAAGAGCGCCCCUUCAAGUGCCUCAAGUGCCGCAGCACCUUUGUGCGUCGCGACCUCCUCCUUCGUCACGACCGCACCGUCCACGCCAAAGACGGCGGCGCGCCCCUGCCCAGCGAGCAGAAGCGGCGCUCCACCAAGACAGCCGAUGCCGGCUCCUCGAAGCAGCAGCAGCAGCAGCCCCAGCCCCAGCCACCGCCGCCCGCCGUCGACAAUGCCACGACGCUCGAGCGCAUCGAAGCCGACAACGAGGCCAUGCACGAGGAUGAAGACCUCAAUGCGGCCGCCAUGCUCAUGACCGACUUCCACCACAAGGCCAUGGCCAGCCAAGAGCCCGAGAUGAUUCCCGAGCACAACGAGCCCGUUAUAUCCCCCACCGGCCCCCCGAUGAUGGAGCCUGUCAUCCCCUACACCGCCCCGGGCCAGAACAUGCUUCCCCAGAUGCCCUGGAGAGAUUCAAUGGUGCCCCAGUCCGAGCCCAAGUCGUCUCCCAACACCCAUUCGGCCUUUACCUCGGCUGGCGCGCUCGGCUCGCAUCCUCACCAGCUGCCCCCUUUGAUGGAGCGCACCAUGUCCGGCAAUGACAGCCUCGCGCCCACGUUUGCCAUGAACGGUGCCAAUGGCCUUGGUACCCCAGGUGCUCUUUCGCCCUACCCCUCCAUGAUGGGGCCUGUGUCGCCCGUCGACUACCGCAAGUCGCCCGGUCCCAACCAGGCCCUGAUGAUGACACGAGCCCCUCAAUUGGACUCGGAAGAGCAGUGCGCGAGGAUCUACGAGAACAUCAAGCAGUACGACAGCGAAAACGCACUUCUCGAGACAUUCCACCUGCCCAGCCUCAACACGCUGAACCGCUUGCUCAAGACCUACUUUGAUCUGUUCCACCACCAUCUUCCCUUCUUGCACCCCGCCACCUUUAACCCCACCGAGGUGUCGGCCCCACUGCUCCUCGCGGUGCUAUCGAUAGGUGCAUUGUACAUAUUCGACCAGGACCAGGCAUACAUGCUCCACAUUGGAUCAAAGGUUCUCGUCAACCAGUUCCUGCAGAACAAGGAAAACUUCAGCUCGCGCAAAUGUCCUCUGUGGACUAUGCAGAGCACCCUGCUCAACAUGAUCUUCUCGAGCUGGAGCGGUGAUCCAAAGGGGCUCGAGUGGGCUUGCUCAAUCAAGAGUCUCUUGGCGAACAUGGUUGCCGGAAACCGAUAUGAGCUCAAGCUCCGGUCUGAUGCUCGCGAAGGUGCCCAGCCAAACCACGAGGAAUGGGUUGUGGAUGAGCAAUGUCGCCGAACCUACUACGCCGUCUACAUCUUCUUUGGCCUGCUGACUCUUACCUACAACCACACGCCUGCCAUGGGUUUCAACGAGUUCGAUACCCUCGAGCUGCCCUCCUCGGAGUCGCUCUGGACUAUGGAGGUUUCAGACGAUGAUGCCUGGCGUGAGAGCCUGAGCUCGUCCAAGAUCAUCACCUUCCGCCAGGCGCACGACAAUCUCUUCCAAGGCGAGACUGCCCGCUACAGUGCAUUCGCCACACGCGUCAUGAUCAAUGCUCUGUUCCUCGAAGUGUGGUACCACAAGCGCAGCCCGGAAGCUCUUCAGGAUGUAGUCACCGAGUACAAGCUUCGGCUGGCCCUCGAGACAUGGGAGAAGUCGCUUGAACUAUGCGAGCCCGAGACGGUCGUGGUUCAGCUGAGCGCCCCUCACAAGGGCCACCCACUCAUUUUCAACGCCAUGGCCCUGUAUAGGAACACGCGCGCUCGACUUGUCGUUGACCUCAAGUCCAUCCAGGAGGCUCUGCGCUACCACGACUCGUACGAAGUCGCUGCCGCCAUGACCAACGCCCGCGACAAGGUUCAGCGCUCACCGGAGAUGAUCAAGGUCAUUCAGGAGUGCUUCGACUGCAUCGAGGUCGCCGCCGUGCAAGGCAUCCGCUGGGUUGCACGCACUUCGGCCACUAACUGGAGUAUUGAGCACCCUCUUACUGGUAUGGACCUAAUGGUAAUUCUGACCCUGUGGCUCUACCGCCUGGAACACGACGAAGAACCAGCCACCGAAGAAGAGUUGGCCAUGUAUAACAAGCUGCGCAACCUGUUCGACGACGACUCGGUAGAUGUCUAUGGCGCAAAAUUGAGCUCCACUGUCGCUCGACUUUGGGGCAGCAUGAUCGACGAGGUUGUUGUUUGGGGUAUCACUAAGCUCAUGGGCGAAGCCUUCAAACUCCAUUCACAGGCUCUCGUCGGCUACGAAGAUGCCAUGUCUUCUCGCUCUGGAUCUGCCACACCGUCCAUGGCGGCUGGUGGCGUUCAAGUCCUCGAGAUGCAAAUGGCCUACUAG